CACCCAACCCACCCUACAUGGCGGGGUUGUCAGCUGUUUGCGGGCUCCUCUGACGGCACCCAGCACUUCUGACGUCCCCCAACCCUUGCCCAGAUUGUCGAAAGGGGGGAAGGGGGACCCUCGAGCCCAUCCCGUGCACCUGCCAUCCCCCGCCCCACUCCCGCCAGCGCUGUCUGCCCUCCUCUGCCCGCAGCUCCGGCGCCACCUUCCCCACACCCCACACCCCAUCCCCGUUUCCCAUGCGCCAGGCAGAUGCUCGGUGGCGUCGUCGGGGUGCGGGGACACCAUGGCCUCGGCCCCGACGACCUCGGGCGAGACGGAGGAGACCACCCGGCUGCGCAAGCCUCGCUUCUCGUUCGAAGAGAACCAGAUCCUGAUCCGGGAGGUGCGCGCCCACUACCCGCAGCUGUACGGGGCGCAGAGCCGUCGGGUGAGCGUGGCCGAGCGCAGGCGCGUGUGGGAUGGCAUCGCCGCCCAGAUCAACGGCAUCACCAGCUGGAAGCGCACCGGGCAGGAGGUGCAGAAGCGCUGGAACGACUUCAAGCGCAGGACCAAGGAAAAGCUGGCCCGCGUGCCGCACUCCACGCAGGGCGCGGGGCCCGCCGCCGACGAUGCCUUCUCGGCCGAGGAGGAAACUAUUUUUGCUAUCCUGGGUCCCGGGCUAACGGGGACUGGGGUUGCCGCCGCCGCUGCCUGGGCGGAGGAAUCGUCCGCGGCCGCCUCUUCGCCGCCACCUGCCCCGAGCGGCGCAGGUGCCCAGCGCUGCUACGUGUUGUCAGAGGACCGACGGGCAGAUACCCCAGCCCACAGCAAGGGUGGCUCCAGCAGCCCAGAACCCUGGGCCCGACCUUCUUCCAAUGUCCAGGAAACUGGUUGCCCAAGGUCCAAGGAGCGUGAGUCCCCGCCCCUUGCAGUCCCCCAGGCUGUCCAGCUGCCCCGCCUGGCCUUGUCUCCACCGCCCUCUGCCCCUCCGCUGCCACCACAACCGCUGACCCAAGCGGCACCUUCGUCCCCCAGUCCCCCUCCUCGGCCUCCACCCACCUCGGCCCCAGACCAGUCCCUGGACUUCCUGCGGGCCCAGCAGGAGACUGCCAACGCCAUCCGGGAGCUGGCUGGUACCCUUCGGCAGGGACUGGCCAAACUGAGCGAGGCCCUUAGUGCCCUGCUACCCCUUCUGCCGGGAAUCCCGGGCGAACCGCUGCCCCCGCCCCCACCCCCGCCUCCUCCUCCUCCUCCUCCUCCUCCCAGGCCCGUCCAGCCUCCACCUGCCCCGAAGGUGGAGGUCACCCCAGAACCCGUGUCUGUGGUCGCUGCCGUCGUGGACGGGGCUGUGGUGGCAGCCCGAGGGGUGAUCAUUGCCCCUAGGAGCGAGGAAGGGACACCCAGGCCACCCCCAGCGCCACUUCCUCCCCACGACUCACCCCCACACAAGAGGAGGAAAGGUUUCCCCACGCGGAAGAGGCGGGGCCGAUGGAAAUCUCCCUGAAACCUGCUCCCCUCUCUGCCCCUGCCCGCUGCGCCCCUCCCAGCUUGGCACCGUGGGGGGAAAUGCACCUUGCACAUCCUAGCCGCGCCUUGGCUCCCUGCUCCAGGGUGGUGGUGAGCACCCCACUCCCCUGUGCUAGUUAGUGCCUGAUUGCCUGGGGUGGGUAAGCCCUUGGUGGGACCCCCCCCCCCAGCUCCUUUCUCUGGUACAAUGCUGUCUGCCUGGCUGCCUCCCUUAGCCCUGACUUCUAAGCCAUCGAUUUGACGUUCCUUAAUAAUAUCACCCUUCGUGGGGUGGGAAGGGACCCCUCGGGUCUGCAAUGCGCCCCUUUGCCUAACAGUUCCUGCUAUUGACUUGAAGAGAAGUGACCCGUGGCGGUGGGGGGGAUCCCCACUUCCCCAAACCCCAAACUUUUAGAUGGGGGUGGAAAUCGCUCGACAAGAGAGAUUGUGAAUGACAGAGGAUAUAGCCAGUAUGUCCCCUAGGGGCAACGGGGGGAGGGGGUUCUGACUGGGGAGGUAAGGGUUGGGUCCUGUGCCUCCCACUGCCUUUGCCGAUUCUGACCUCCGGAACUCAUCCUCCUUUGCCUCCUUAGUGGUGACAGAUACCAAUAAACUUAUUUUUCAUACUUGA